AUGGCGAUACCGCAGCCCGCUGCCGCAUCGAGAAUUGACACUAUAAGCGCCCCCCUGAAGUUGGAUAGUGGGCCGAGGCGUGGGUACACCCGCAAGAAGGACCGUGUUUCUGAAUUCGAGAGACAAGGUGUGGCGAAGAAGCUGAAGAUCGCACCCGUAGCUAGUAACGAGGACGCGGAUAACGGAAAAGCUCUGGUGGUUUUCGAACCCAAGGGUCCAGAAUCAGCGGGUGCCGGAGGGGAGGAGUCGUGGGCUAAAACCUCGGACAAUUUCCAUAAAUCGACAGCCGAAGUCUCAGAACGGAGGGCUCGAAAAACUUCGAGAAUGGAUGCGAAGAAGGAGCCGCUGGGUGAAGAGUCUCCCUUAGCCAUUAUACCUUGGGAAGGAUCGAGGCGAGAGUCGGGCAGGGCGGUGCGAGAGUCGGGCAGGGAGCUGCGCAUGCUGCACUCGCACUCGUUAUUGCGAACGAGUUCGUUUCAAGAGGAUGUGAGGCGCGGGGCCAUGGAGCUGCGCAAGCUGCACUCGUUUACGUUACUUAAAAGGAGUGAGUUUACAGCGGAGAUUGAGGAACUGGCGGGAGGAGGAGACGAGACGACGAGGAUCACGCGCGCUGCGAGAAGGAAGGCUGUGGACGGGAAAGGAGGUGGAGGAGCCGGUGGAGGAGCAGGUGGAGGCGCAGGUCGAGGAGCAGGUGGAGGCGCAGAUCGAGGAGGGGGAAGCGGUGAAGGGGGAGGAAGUGGGGAAGCUUGUGAGGCUGGUGAAGGAAGAAGAAUCAUCGGUGAAGGAAAAAACAGUGGGGGAGGAAAGGGAAGUGGAGGAAGAGGUGGAGCAAGUGGGGGUGGAGGUGGAGGGAGGGAUGAAGGAGGUGCGGAUCCGAUCCGAAGUGGUGAAGGUGGCUUCGAGGGAAACAUUAUCACUACUGAGGGCAAGCCGGUUGGGAGUGGUGAGGGCGGGUUCAAGAAAAGCACUACUACGAGCGAGGGCAAGUCGGUUGGGAGUACUGGAGCUAAAGGAUUAGAGUUGAAAUUGGUGUGGGGAAAUGCAGCAGAGGACACGGAGGAAGCGGAGGAAGCAGAGGAAGCGGAGGAAGCGGAGGAAGCGGAGGAAAUGGAGGUGGAGGAGGUGGAGGAGGUGGAGGAAGUGGAGGAGGUGGGGGAUGUGCAGCGGGCAGGUGUCAAAAAGGGUUACCAUGAGGCACCUCGAAACGCGGCGGUGCUCGAAGCGGCGGAGGUGGGGGACGUAGAGGAGGCGGGGGAGGUAGAGGAGGUGGAAGAGGCAAAGGAAGUGAAGGAAGUGGGGGAAGUGGGGGAGGCGGAGCUGGCAGUUGGCGAAGGCGGUCUCUAUGCGGUGGAAGAGGUGGUAGAGUCGGCGAAGGCGGAGGAGGCGGAGAAAAUGGCGGAAGGAGUUGGCGCUGCAGGGAAUGUGGGGCGGCAGAAAAUGUCGGUAGCAGGGAAGGGAGGGGGGGGACGGGGGCGGGGACGGGGACGCGGACGGGGGCGCGGACGGGGGUGGGGGCGGGGCGAGAGUCGGAGCCUGCAGAAGGAGGCAGCUUGGGCGGGGAAGGUAGGGGGGGCGGAGGAACUGGGGGGGGUCGGGAGGGUGAUGGCGGAGAGGGAGGGCGGAAUGUCAGCGGAAGGGGAGGGGGGGGGGAAGGCGACGGGGAGGGAGUGGGGAAAGAUAGUAGUGGAGGAGGAAUUUGAAAACACAGGAGAGGCUGAAAAACCGAAGUGCGAGUUUGUGGAUCUAACUGAGGAGGAGGAGGGGAACGAGGAGCGGGAGGAGGAGGAGGAGGGGAAGGAGGAGCGGGAGGAGGAGGAGGAGGGGAAGGAGGAGCGGGAGGGGGUCAAGGAGAAGGAAAGGGGAGCCGAGAAGAUGGAAGGGAGCGAGGAGAAGGAGCGGGGCGAGGAAAAGGACUGGAGCAGGGAGAAAAAAGCGUGUGGGGAUGAAGAAACGGUGGUGAACGUGGGGUUGUAUACAGAGGUUAAGCAGUCUGAGCGAGGAGGGCAGGGCAGGGUUACCAGGUUACUGCGUAACAGCACGGUGCUGAAGAGAGUGGAAGUGGAGCAGGGCGGUGGGCGGCACAGCGGGCGGCAGAAGCAGAUGGAAAUGGAAGGGGGAGGGGAGUGUGAAUGGGUGGGAGAAGGGGAGGGGGAAGGAGAGGGGGAAACAAAAGGGGAAGGGGGGGCUGCAGAGUCAAUGAGAAAGGGUGAACCUUCUGAUUCGAUUUUUGAGGCGCCUCAAAAGGAGUGGAACAUGGGAAAGAAGGCUGCAGAGGCAAUGGGGGAAGAUAAACCCUCUGGUACGUGUUUUGAGUCAACUCAAAAGACGACUUGGUACAUGGGGAAGAAGGCUGCAGAGGCAAUGAGAAAGGGUGAACCUUCUGAUUCGAUUUUUGAGGCGCCUCAAAAGGAGUGGAACACGGGGAAGAAGGCUGCAGAGGCAGUUAGGGAAGAUAAACCCUCUGGUACGGCUGGCAAAAUGGGCGACAUGCGAGCAGAGGUGACUUUUGAGUCGACUCAAAAGUCACCUCGUGCAGCUGGCAAAAUGGGCGACAUGCGAGCAGAGAAGGGACAGGAAGCUGCUGUGAAGGAGUCUGGGGCGGCUGGAAGUGCGGAGGAAGCUGCAGGAGGGACUGGGACGAAGAGUGUGCGGAAAGGUGGGGAUAGUGGGGGGAGGACGAGGGGGCGUGGGGCGAAGGGAGAGGGAAAGAGUGAGGGGAGUAGGGGUAAGGUAGGGGGGAGUGGGGCAAGUAGGGGAAGCGGAAGGAGGGGAUUGGGGAGGAGAGGAGGAGAGGUAGGAGGGGAAGGAGGAGGUGAGCUGGGAGGGGAAGAGGGGGGAGACAUGGGAGGGAAAGGAGGAGGAAAUGGAGCAGGAGAGGAGAGUGACAAAGUGGGAAGAGAGGAGGAGAGGGAAGGGUUGGGGGAGAGCGAAGGCAUGGGGGGAGUAGAGGAGAGUGAAGAGAGCGAGGGCAUGGGUGAAGGAGAGGAGAGCGAAGAAAGCGAAGGCAUGAAAGGUGAGGCGGGAGGGAGGAGAGGGAGGAGGAGGCGGAACGCGUACAUUGCAGAGCUGGUGGAGGCGGAGAGGAGAGAGGGGAUGCACAUGGGAGAGGAUGAGUAUGAGGACUUGGAUGGGUUUAUCGUGUUUGAGAAAGACAAGUAUGAGCGAGGCGAGUAUGUGUCUGCUGUCGCUGUGGCGUGGCGAGAGGCUGCUGAAGGCUGGAGGCAUGCAGACGAAGGGCUGAUCCCAUAA